ACCAUGACGUGCUUCUAAUAUCUGUGAUAGAUUGAUAAAUAAAGACUAAUCUGUAUGUCGUGUGCAAAGUUCUAUCCCUAUAGUAUCGAGAUAACCCGCCAAAAAAUUAAUAAAACAAAAAAAAAUCUAACGCGUACUACACACUCUCCCCUAAAAAACAUUAUAUUAGCAUGUUAAUAUUAUAUUAUAGAAGCCCAUAGAUAUUUAACUUCAUAAUUCAUUUUAAAUAAUUUCAGAUUCAGCACAUGGUUCUCUAUGAGGUGCAGUAUGGCAAUAGGAAACAAAUUGGCACUGCCCUAGUUAUUGGGUCUGGGACAGAAAAUGAGAUGGUGCUGCAGAAAAACGAGAGAGAAUGCCAAACAUCACCAGAGCCAACGCCUAGAUCACCAACACCACCCCCAUCUCCAGCCGAAUUUAUAGAGAUUCCUCUUCCAGGUUCCCCUAGCCUUCCAAUCAUCAGACGUCCUGCCAAAGGGAAAAGGUCAACAAAAAUACCAAAACCCAAACCAACAUCAAAGAAAUCAACAAAACCAUUAGCCAAAGUUUUGUCAAGGGCAAUGCCUCCAACUACACCACGAUCAUCAAUACCGGGACCAACAACCGCAUCCCUAAGUCCAACAAAUUCCACCUCUAGACCAACAACCUCAGGGCCGACAACAAAUCCCACCUCUAGACCAACAACAUCAGGGCCGACAACAAAUUCCAACUCUAGACCAACAACCUCAGGGCCUACAACAAAUCCCACCUCUAGACCAACAACCUCAGGGCCAACAACAAAUCCCACUUCUAGACCAACAACCUCUGGACCAACAACAAAUUCCACAUCUAGACCAAGGCCACUAUCACCCCCAACAUCACCACAAAUAAUAGUGCACCAACAACCUCACUUACAAUCACCACAACCACCAUCACCAGCAACACCAUCAGUAAACCAUCGAUCGAUCUUUCCUGAUGACCACAGGGUGUUUCAUGUCCUCGACACUAUCUUGAGAGGGGUCACACGAUUAAACAUGAAAGUAACAGACAUCGACAACAGACUUAAGACUCUAGAGGCCAAACAUGACAUUCACCAUGAAGAGUCUAGGAGAGGAAGAAGGCAGGAGACACCCUGGUCUGCACCACCAGCAGACAGUGACGAUGGAAGUGAAGCAACACAUACCAUUACCCAUCCAGCUGGAAUGGUAAUUGACCAAGACAGGUUGUUAACGCUGAAAGGGAAGUCACAGUCUGCAGGAAACUUCGCCGCACUUGUUAUGAGAGAAUUGAAACCACACCUGUUUGGUCCAGAGAACCUAAGACAACUAUAUAACUGGAAUGGAGGUUGUGUAAACGGAAAAAGGGGGUUAAGCCCAAACACAAAGACGGCAGUAAGCAAUUACACCACCAUGUUUUAUCCUGAAUGCCAAAAGGAGGACUACUUUCGAGAUACGGUAAUUCAGAAGAUAAAUGAGAUUUUGAGAAGGCCUGCUGUUAAAAGAUGUCGUCGAAGGCUGCUCGCAACGCCACUGAACACUAUAAACAAUGAUGCAAAUCAUAUUUAAAUGUAUUUCUGCCAUUUACGUACUUAUCGUACACCUUUAAAAUUGUGUGAUCAAUUGCUGUAAUGUACAAAUUGUAUACAUUUUUUCAUGAAUCACUUCUUUCGUGAAGUACAUCUAUGAUCUUGCAUAUGAAUAUAUGAUAUGGGUUGAUAUUAUACCGAGAUUAUAUAUAAUGUGUAUAU